AUGCGUGAUGAAUCAAGCAGCGAUGAGAGCGAUGAGCCAGAGAUGGAAACAUAUGUUCCUUUCGCUCUGGGUGGAAGCCUUCCGUUAAGCAGCCAGCCUGAGCAGGAACCUACUAGCUCGGGACCGUCGCUUCCAAGAUUUGCAGGGGGGACUAUCCAAGUGGUGGAGACACCUGCAGCCAAUAAUACACGUCUAAAUCCCGGGAAACAAAGCGAACAGAGAACUGGGGUUCAGCUCCCGAGCUCUCAGCAGCCAUACUCUGAAGCUACUAAGACAUCCCCCUCGUCCCGAAUUCCGAAUACCUACCGCUCGCAAGAUAACCACGGGCACAGUGAUUUAUCCCAAGACGAACCACCGCUAAUGGAUGUGCUGGGUACUCAGACUCAAACAAGCAGCGUACAUGCACUCUCACAGGCUACAGUUCAGUCGUCCCCAGACGUACUUGAUUCAUCGAGACCUGUUCAACGACACCGUGGGUCGUCUAUCUUCCGUUUAGAUCCCUCAGACAACCCAUCAUCUUUUCCUGAUGUCGGGUCUCACUCGCUGUCCACGUCUCAACUUCAUGAACUAAGCCAACAUUCUCCGGGAGGACUCGACGGAGGAUCGCAGUUGCCGGAAUUGUCGCCUAUGGAAUUCACCACCUCGGUCGCUGCCCACGGAGAGUCCCCAUCUAAACGCCCUAAAUAUUCACGCCCUCCGGGCUGCGAGGGUGUUGAUACUGGCCAAAAGGCGGCUCACGGUCCAAAUGUCGAGUUGGUAGCACGGCGACAAGGCUCUAUCGGCAAUUCUGACGAGUACGCCGAAGCACAGACAGUCUAUGAAAAAUUCUGCAAUGAUUAUUCGCCGUACGCUGGUGGUUUUGCUCACUUCACUGAGAUGUGUUCGAAAUUGCAGGCAGUACGACAAAAGGGCCAACUCCAACGAUCGUUCCUAUGGGAUGACUUUGUCAUCCAAUACCUGGAGGAGUACUCGCGCUAUCUUACAGAGCAUAUAUUUGAAAAUUCGAAGACACUAAAUUACGAAGAUUUUUUUUGCUCGAGAUUCUCACGCCCUCACCACAAAAAGAGAAGCCUAACAGCCCACGGAAUUGACAUAGUCGCCUCUCAGUUUGUUCCGCCUACCAGUACCGAGUUAAGAAAUUCGCCGGUUCCAAAUGAAGUGACAAUCCAAGGCGAUGUAACCCAGGAUAAAGCGAUACAAAGCGAAGUGGCCAAUAAUUCUUUCACGGCCAGUCUUGUGGGAAGAUUCUCAAACCUCCAUGCUCAGUCCUUUGGUGAUGCUCCUGUUCCGGAUGUCUGCAUGCCAACAGCAACGCAGUCAUCGUCAUCCUCCUAUCCUAGCACCGGCUCGGAUUCAGUGGUUGUGAAAAUUGAAGCAGAUGAUUCUUUCAAUGGACAAAUUGGCUCCCAAAAUAUCACCAGCAGCGACGAUCAAAAGCCUGUGUUCUUCAGUCAUGACGAAGAGACAACCGAUGCAACGCGAUCCGACGCAGAGAGCGUUCGCUUCGCGCCUGAUCCGAACGACGUUGACAUGGCCGAAGCCGACAUGGACGAAAUCGAGGAGACACAGGAAGGAGAUGGUACUCACCAUGAGACUGCCAGUAUUGAACUCGGCGAUGACACUGACGAUCGCCGCAUCUCUGUCUCUCCCGCUCCGCCCGCCCCGCCUGCGGCCCUGGGCGCUCUCAAUAAUUCCGAGCCCGAGCAGCCAAGGCGACGAAGACCCUGGUUCCGGUCUCUUCGGAACAUAUGGCCCAAAGGUCCUGUGUGGUCCGAUGACCCCGACACACCGUUCAAGCGCUGGGCUCGCCAAGACCAGAACGUUCUUCAGGAACUCAACCGUCGCGGUGGAGUUAGGGUUCUAACCGAUGAGAAGGGUGUCAUUCGUUACCCCACCUACAACCGAGAUCAAGACAAGAACCCUGGCCCCUGA